ACCACAGAGACUGAACAUUCCUCUGUAGGCGCGGUGGACUUUCUCGAGCGGCAGGUUGUUUCGAGUGGGCUGAAAAAACACCCCCAUAAAAAAAAAAGAGCUGGUUUAUCGGCCGUUGUCAGCGGGGCCAAUGACGCCGCUCGCUUGCCGCAGCGACAGUAGCCGUUAGCCGCAGGUGGACGUGGACUUGGGGGACACCGUGGGAAAUGGACCGCGAGGAACAAUCAGUGUCAACCGGCUCGACUUCAGGGAGUGUGACGGACUGAUUUGGAGUUUCAUUUCAGUGGGUUUGACCAUGGAGGGCUGCUGGCACUGGUGCCACCGCAGGUGUGUGUGCUGUCUGUCCGAGGAGGAGAAGACAAACAUGGCUGUGGACAAAGAGAUCAAGAGGAUCCUCAAGCAGCAGAAGAAGAAGGAGAGAAGGGAAAUUAAAAUCCUCCUGCUGGGUACCGGUGAGAGCGGGAAAACCACCUUCAUCCGACAGAUGAGGAUCAUCCACGGACGAGGCUUCUCAGAGGAGGAGAGGAGGACCUUUGCCAAAUGCAUCUUCCAGAACAUUCUCACAGCCAUGAAGGCCAUGACAGGAGCCAUGACCUCUCUCAGAAUCCCCUACUUCAACCCAGAGAACGAGAUCUACGCCAAGUGGCUGCAGGACAUCAACACAGUGCACGUCAGCCAGCUGGAGCGAGGCUACGUGGACGCAGUCCGCCGCCUCUGGUCAGAUUCGGGCCUCCGGGUCUGUUACAGCCGGCGCUGCGAGUACCAGCUCCUGGACUCCACGGAGUACUACAUGAGUAACCUGGACCGCAUCUCCGCCCCGGACUACAUCCCCACAGAACAGGACGUGCUGCGAGUUCGAUUCCCCACCACGGGCAUCCACGACUACUCCUUCACCAUCAAGACCAUCACACUAAGGAUCGUGGACGUGGGCGGUCAGAAGUCAGAGCGUCGGAAGUGGAUCCACUGCUUUGAAGACGUCACCUCCCUCAUCUUCCUGGCCUCCCUGAGCGAGUACGACCAGGUCCUGGAGGAGAAGGAUACCAUUAACCGUAUGCAUGAGAGUCUGGCUUUGUUCUACACCACCAUCCAUUCCCCUUGGUUCUUCAACACCUCCAUCAUCCUCUUCCUCAACAAGACUGACAUCCUGACAGACAAAGUGCAGACCUCUGACCUGCAGAAAUACUUUCCAAGCUUCACAGGGAAGAGGCGUGACCCCGAGGACGCCAAGAACUACAUCUGCAAGUUGUACGAGCAGCAGGCCGUCAACCACGACAACAGGGACGAGUGGAAGACUCUGUACCCGCACUUCACCUGCGCCACAGACACCAACAACAUCCGCAGGGUCUUCAGCGACAUCAAGGACACGGUGUUGCUCAAGUCUCUCAGGGACUACGGAGUCAUCUGAGGAAAACGAGGGUUCUGGACUCCGCCUGCACGCCUCACUUCCACUGGCGAAGGCCAAAAUGUCACUUCUUUUUCUAGGAUUUUAUUUUUUCUGAGGCAAAAAUCUGACCAUCGUCCAUCCUCCAUGCUUCUGUCCCCUCCUCCUCCUCCUCCGGCUCCUCUUCUCCCUCAUCAAGUCUUAUUGAAGGAGGACGGUGGAGAACAAAAUGCCAAGUUCGUACUCAUCUCUCAUCUCUCACCUCCACCACCCCACUCUCUCCUCCUCUUCCUCUCAAGUAGAAAACAUGAAGACGUUUAGGGAGAUUGGGAGAGACUACUCGACUUAAGUGACUUCUGAUCAGGGAGCGACGAAGCAGUAUACCCCCCCCCCCUCUCUAUUUUGAGUGUUUGGUUGUGCAAUGACUGAAUUGAACCGUAAGCCGAGGCAGAGAUGCUAUGAAGUACUCGGCUGCCAUUAACGGAGUAAUUACUUUUACAAGUGUUUGGAUACACCAACCUGCCACUCACAUUUCAUUUGGGUCCACCAGGUACACUUGGGUUCAAACAUAAACUGUAAACGCAAACACGUUUUCUAUUAUGUAACAUGAAUGGCAAUACAUGAGUUACAAUCUACUGCACCAUUUAUUAUCAGACAUCCUGAAUUGGGGGAUUUUUCUAUCUGCGAUCAACGUCAACACGGAGUCUUCGUCAGAGAGCCUAAAUCCUUAUUGACUAGUUGUCUCACGCUGGCAGUAUUGCCAUCUGUUCGGCACCGCCUCCUUAAAUUAUUGUGUGCGGGAGAGAUUGCGUGACCACCAGUGGGUUAUUGUGCCUUUGUUUAAUGGUGUUGCAUGUGGAUAAAAUACAGACUGUGUUAAAAAACAAGCGAAAAGCACAACAGGUGCAUCUAAUGUGAUGUGGACGAAAGACAAGUUGGCCUAGUUGUAGAAAAUGUGGAAACUAUAUAUAUAUAUAUAUAUAUA